AUGCCUUUACUCGGCAAAAUCGUGGUGAUCAAAAGAAACGGGACUGAUGGCACCGAAUUUCCCCUCACAGCAUCCUGCCUUUUCGGGAGAGCACUGCAGAAUCGAGUUCAACGAAAACAAAGAGCUUAUUUUGACCAACCUGAGUUCAGUGAACCCGACUCUCAUCAACGGCACGAUCCUGCAGCAGUCCGAGCGUUUAAAGCACGGAGAUCUAAUCACAAUUAUCGAUCGCUCUUUCAGAUUCGAGUAUCCACCUGCGCCAACCCCGAAGAAGAAGCGCUUAUCUACACCGGUAAAGGAGACGCCGUCAAGGUCUUGAAAGACCAGCAGGUGAAGCGCACACCUGGAACCACAGAGAAAAAGAAGUCUGAAAACGCCACAGAUACUUGUUUGAAAGAUGGCUCCAACCUUCCCGCCCCCCUGGAUCAGAGUGUUGGAAGUCAGGAAAACAAAGCGAGUAUGGACAGCACCUUGUCUCCCUUCUCUGAUCUUUACAACAUGGUCAAACAAGAUCUGGUCACCAAACCUGCGUGGAAAUCUACCAGUUUUUCCGACACCCCCCUCUCUAGACCUCCAGCGGAAAAACAGGAAGUCGAAAAGGUUUCCCAUGAGAACGAGAAGCCGGUGACUCCGAAAUCGACCCAGAAGAAGAGAAGAUCCUCUGCUGCCAAGCUUGUAGACGAUGCUCAAACGGAGAACCUGUCUGCUCAGGUUAACGCAGCCACACCCGAGGGCGUCGGCACACGUGGAUCUCAAAAGAACACGCCGCAGAAGUUCACCCCUGGCCAGGUGGCCCAGCAAAUCGUCUUUGAGAGUCCGAAGACCAAGUCUCCGAAAACAAGGAGGAGCAGCGCUUCUCGAACUCCGGAGAACCAGACCACUUCCCCGAAUCUCUCGGAACCAGCAGAUGCUGAAGAGGCCAGUGCGAAACAGGUCACGAGGACGUCUCCGAGAACUAACGCGGGAAAACGGCUUCAAGCCCAGGAUGUCUUACAGGAAGUUGUAGCCACGCCCACUUCUGACAACAAAGCAGGUGAUGGCAAGGCCUUGAGUAAGAAGCACAAAUGUGACGACCUUCACCUUCCAGCGGCCAAGAGAAAACGAGUGUCUUUUGGUGGACAGCUGAGCCCUGAACUUUUUGACAAGCGUUUACCGCCUAAUUCCCCUCUACGCCGAGGGGCAACUCCCGGGAGACGCAGCCUGGGGUUCUCUCAGAAAUCUCAGUUUCUACUCAGAAGAGCCUCCACUAUCGGACUGAUGGGUUACCAGCUUGAUGAGGAUAUUGCUGAGAGCCCUGUUAAGAAUGCUUUGCCAAAAACAUUGGCUUCCCCUGCCAAGACGCCCAAGACUCCAAAAACUCCUUCCCCUGCCAAGACGCCCAAGACUCCAAAAACUCCUUCCCCUGCCAAGAUGCCCAAGACUCCCUCCCCUGCCAAGACGCCCAAGACUCCAAAAACUCCUUCCCCUGCCAAGAUGCCCAAGACUCCCUCCCCUGCCAAGACGCCCAAGACUCCAAAUACUCCUUCCCCUGCCAAGACGCCCAAGACUACCACCCCUGCCAAGACUACCACCCCUGCCAAGACUACCACCCCUGCCAAGACUACCACCCCUGCCAAGACUACCACCCCUGCCAAGACUACCACCCCUGCCAAGACACCCAAGACUCCCUCCCCUGCCAAGACUCCAAAGACCCCUUCCACUGCCAAGAUACCCAAGACUGCUACCACUCCCAAGACUCCGAAGAGUCCAUCAUCAGCCAAGACUCCUUCCUCUGUCAAGAAGUCUCCAAGCCCAAAGGCUAAAACUCGUAAACUUUCCAGUACCCCUCCAUCCUCAUCAAACCAGUCAACCCCUAAAUCCUCAAAGCGAUCUAGUCCAUCAGUGAAGUCGCCCUCUACAAGUGAAGCGUCCCUUCUCAAGACGCCUACAAUGCACGGCCGAUUUUCGGUUUCCCGAAUCAGCACCCCGUCUCCAAUCCCCUUUCAGGAGAAAGAAGAGUCCGUACUUGUAGAACAGCCUCGGGAAUGCGUGACCCCGAGGGCCACGGCGAGACGGAGCAGCAUGAAGGUGUCUGCCCGGAAGACCCCGAAAAGCGUUCUAAAGAGUGCACGUGACGUCGUACGAUCACGGAGAAGUGGAGCUUCACGUGCUAACUUAAAAGUUGUCAGUUCUUGGGCUGACAUUGUGAAGUUUGGACAAGCUAAACCUCAAGCGGAAGGUGGCGCUAAGAAGACGGCAAGCAAGAAAGCAGCAGUUAAGCAGACCAAAGUGGCCAAACCGAAGACUCCUGCCCACAGACUAAAAGAUCUCACAAGUACUGGGCAUGCAGAUUCCCCAGCCAGUAUAGUCGUAGGCAAAGCCUACUUGAGACCGACUCAGCGUGUUGGUGCUGCCCCUAAAGUAGUAUGCAACGUCGCUUUGUUUAAAAAGGACAUGAAAAUGGAUGAAGAUUUUACCGGGGUGUCGGAUAUCUUCAAAACUCCCGCUAACAGACGGAAGAGUGCUUUUACAAAGACUAAUCAGUGUCCAGCAAGUCCCCUUGGUGUCGCUGAAAUGUCCAUAAUAAACACACCAGAAGAAUCUGGUGAAAUGGUGGUCUCCCCCAUGAGUCUCGCGUCCACUGCCAAACCGGGGCGCUACAACAGCGAAGCUGUAACCAGACUCCUCCAGGGCAACCAGGAUGGAAGUUUAAUUGAAGAAAUGGACGUCUCUGCAGCCUAUUCUCCAUCUCCCAAUAUGCCCAGUGAAGAUCAAACCAAAAACAAGAAGGUCGUACCAGCCCGAACACCACGACAAAAACCAGCCCCGUCAGAAUGCCUUACAGGAGUCAAAAGACUCAUGAGAACGCCUAAGCAGAAACCAGAGCCUAUCGAGGAUCUAAGAGGCAAAUUGCUCAAGACACCCACAGAACCAAAACUACCUCAGGAAGAGAGUUUGGAGGGUGUUCAAGAACUUUUUAAUACCCCUAAGCGAACGGAAACCUCCUUAGAGGUUAAGAACAGUCCUGUAGUGUGUGCUGUACGCUUGCAGAGACUUGACAAGACCCAAAAGGAUAAGCGAGAGGAGGACCUCACUGGAGUGAAACGAUUGAUGAAAACUCCCAAGCAGAAGAAACAGGUGAUUGAAGAAGACCUCACUGGCAUACAGCAGAUGAUGAAAACGCCCAAGUUGAGAAGGCAACCGUUUGAAGAGGACCUCACUGGUGUUAAACAGGUGAUGAAGACCCCCAAACAGAAGAAACGGGCGGUGGAGGAGGACCUCACUGGCAUUAAGCAGAUGCUGAAAACCCCCAAGCUGAAGAAACAACCAGUUGAGGAAGACCUGACUGGCAUUGAGCAGUUAAUGAAAACUCCCAAGUUGAGUAAGCAGUUGGUUGGGGAAGAUCCUACUGGCGUUCAACAGAAAAUGGAAACUCCCAAGCAGAAAAAAAAACUAAUUGAGGAAGACCUCACUGGCAUUCAACAGCAGAUGAAAACCCCCAAGCAGAAGAAACAACCAGUUGAGGAAGACCUCACUGGUGUUCAACAGUUAAUGAAAACUCCCAAACAGAAGAAACAACCAGUUGAGGAAGACCUCACUGGUGUUCAACACUUGAUGAAAACCCCCAAGCAGAAGAACCAGCCGGUUGAAGAUUUAGUUGGUGUGAAGCGCUUGCUGAAGACCCCCAAGGAGAAAGGAGAGCCAGUCGAGAACGACUUUGGAAUCGAUAAUUUGAUGAAGUCUCCCAAGCAGAAAAACGAUGAAUUGCUGGGUUCCACCGUCGUUUGUGAGGUUUUCUCUGUGGAAGAUGCCAGCGAGGAGAAGGAGAACAUCUGCCCAGCUGAGGAUGUGAAAAAGAAUGCCCAAGCAGCUGUUGUUCUGCAGAUUGAGGCUGAAGGAGCAAAAAAUUCUUACCAGGAAAUGGACCUGGUCACCUCUCACGAAGCGAUGGUUGUUGGCACUUCUGAAACCAUGAGCAUGGCUGUAGAGUCCACACCAUCUGCAGGAUUCCAGCAAGAGGAGCAAUGCCACAGAUCCACCCCUGCGAAAAAGACGAGGCGUGAUGCUCAAGUUAGAACUACCCAGAAAUCCCAGAAAAGUCAAGAAUAUCUGGUGGAUUCUGAUUCCCUUUCUGCUACAGUUUCAGGAACUGAAGAGGAACCUAGCGCUGAUUCCGCAACAUCUGUUCUUUCUGUGCGAGCAAGGAGAGGCAAGUCCUUUGUUGAACUUCUCAAGGACGCUCCUGUACAAAGUCCUGCUCGAAAAUCGAGCAGAGGAAGAAUGGCCAAGGAGCAAGUCGAGGUUCAGAAACCAUCUCAGUCCUCUUCAGAAGAUGAGCAAGUGGCACUUAAACCCAGGAGAGGAAGAAACGUUGGACAAAAUUUUCAAGUUUUGCUGGUUGCUGACUUGAAGGCUUCUGCAGAACCAGUACUCACCGUGAACUCUCCAGCUCCUAAAGCCAGGAGAGGCAUAAAAAAUAAACAUGAAUCGGAGAAACCACACAAGCCAGAAACUCUGCCUAAAACUUCGGUCGAGGAAGUUGAUGUGGCAUCAGAGAGUUCUGAACUUCAGCAAUCAGCUGAGAUUGAGGCUCCCACUAAGUCCAACACCAGAGCAAGAAGAGGCAGGACAACAAGAAAGGAACCCACACCGGUUGCAGAAGUUAAGGAAAUCUUUGAGAUUCAAAUCCGAGAUGUUUUAGUGGAGACUGAAGCUGUUGUACCAGAGAGUUCUGCAGCAGAAAUUCAGAAAUCCACCACAAAAUCCAGAAGAGGAAGGCCAGCAAAGAAGGAAAUGCUAAAGGUGCCGCUAAUUGAGGAAUCUCUCGAACCCACCAACAUCGUCGUGGAUUCGGACGCCAAGAGCUCGGGUAUCGUGGUGCUUGAUGAUGUAGUUGAGCCCCAAGUACCAGCAAGUGCUGAAGUUCAGUUUGGAGAACUUGCCAACUCGAAAACAAGGAGAGGCAGGAUGACAAAGAAGGAGACCCCAGUUGAAGAAACCUCAAACCCCGCUCCAGAUUCUGAGGUGAUGCCUGACGAGCCCGUGGUGAAGUCAAGACGAGGAAGGAAGGUGGCUUUUAACAAUCAAGCAGUGUUUGACAAGUCCAAUGUCCAACCUCAUGCAGUUGAAUCUGAGGCUAAACCAGAAGCUCCAGCGGUCCGGUCCGGCCGAGGUGCCAGAAACAAGCGGGACGCUGCGAAUGGUCCUGCUACAGAAACCAUUGCGACAGUUGCUGUGAUUGAGGAACCAGCAGAAGAACCGGUGGUGAAAACUGUCCGAGGAGGCAGGAGGACAAAACAGCCCAAAGCUCAGGUCUUAAAUGAACCUCAGGAUGAAGAACAAAACAAAACCGGUGUUGACUCGGAAAAUGCUCAGCAGUCGGAGGCCCCUGAAGAAAAAACAGUCAGAGGAAAGCGCACAGCUGCUGUCAAGGCUGAAGCAGAAGCUCCAGUUAAGAGAGGCCGUCAAGCAGCUAGCGUCAAAGCUCCUCCUCCAGUUGUCAAGCCCAGCCGUGGAAGAAAAGCCGCGCCAAAAUCUGAGCCAGAACUCGCCGAAAAGGAUGCUGUAGCAGUUGUGGAAGCUGUCAGCAAUGAAACAAAGGUAGCAGAGUCCACCGGUAAAGAAACCGACUCUGAUGGACCUAGCAGUAAGGCGGUACCUAAGAGAGGUAGAGGGAAACCCAUCAAGAAAGCCGUGCUCCCAACUAAGGACACCUCAGUCAAUGAAAGUAAAGAAGAACCUGAACUGCAGAAGUCUAAGACGAAAGAAAAACCAGAAUCUAAAGACGAUGCAGAGGCCAAGCAACAGUCGCAUCCAGCAGUCAAAGGGCGCAAAGGAAGAGGAGCAAAGAAACAAGAAGAACCCGAACCGGAGACACCAGUUGCUGAAGAAAAUGUUCAACCAGUCCGGAGAGGAAGGGCGGCCCUUCCGGUAGUCUCUCAGAAUGUCGAAGGCCCAAAGAGGGGGCAGAAAAGGAAGGUCGUGGAGGAUGUAACCGAAGAAACGCAAGAUACAGAGUCCUUACCAAAGAGGAAAAGGGGCAGAGGAGCUGGAGCAGAAGGUCCAACAAAUGAAGCAGCGCCAGCCAAAGGGAGGAGAACGGUGACAAAGGAGGCAGAAUUAACUACCGAAGUGGAAGCAAAAGUCGUCGCCCCUAAAAAGGAAGACAAACCCGUCAGAGGUCGGAGAAAAGCAGCUCCGGAAGACGUUCCGGCUCAGGACCCGGUCUCGGAGGCGAGCGCUCGCCGAGGAACCCGAGGGCAGAAGAAAGCCGAGACGGACGUCCCUUCAGCUCCCGUCAGACGGACGAGAAGGAAAUAAAGCACUGAUCUUCAGAUGUAAAUAAUCUGCAAGAAAGAGGGGUUUUAUAUAUUUUUGCUGGCUUUUUGUAUCUAUUCAUUAUUUUUUUAUUCCCAUUAAUUUGUUUAAAAAAAAGCAUUGUUUUUAAAAAUCAUUUCAGAUUUAUUUUUUUAAAGCUUGAAACAUUUGGGGCAUUUAAUGCAGUUUUAUCAGGAUUGUUAUUGGGGGGCGUUUUCCCUCCAUCUCCUUUUAUAGCCGCUCUGCCAUUCCUCUUCUUGUUUGGAGACGUUUCAUUUUAUGUCCUUGUGUCAAUCAUAUGCUUUUUUUUCUUAUUCAAAUUCAUGUAUUUUAAGCAUUUAUCUGUAUUUGCAGUUUUUGGGGAAAAGAAAUCUUCAUAAUAAACAGUCUGAGGAUUGGAAAA